GGUAUUUAAACGGCUUGUCCUUUACCGGGUUGACUUUAGUAGUGCCAUUUCGUAUUGGGCGUGUAAAGUAUUAACACAUUUGUGUCGGUCAGUUAGCUGUUUACUAUAAGUCAGUUUACUGUUUUUUCGUUAUCAAACUCUAUAAAACAAAACAAAAAUGGCACCGAACGCGGCACCAACUGUUGGGAGUCAACCGAAGUACUUCGAAGACGACGACGUCGUCAUUUCCGGUAUUUCCGGUCGGUUUCCCAACUGUGAUACGUUCGAAGAGUUCAAACAGAAACUUUUCAACGGCAACGACAUUCUGGCCGAAGGACAAAGCCGAUGGCCCGAAGGCACUCACGGAGCCGUCACGAAAAUCGGAACCGUCAGCGGUUUGUCGAAAUUCGAUUCGACCUUUUUCGGUGUACAUCCGAAGUUGGCCGACAGAAUGGAUCCGCAGAUCCGUGUGAUGUUGGAGAGCACUUACGAGGCUUUCGUGGACGCCGGAGUGAACCCCACGUCUCUGAGGGGUUCGAAGACCGCGGUGGUCGUGGCCACCACCAACAACGAUUCGGCCGAUUGGUGGUCCGCCGAUCCCGACCGCGUUAACGGUUACGAAUUUUUGGGCUGCACCAGGACCAUGUUUCCCAACAGGAUCUCGUACUCGUUCGACUUGAAAGGUCCUAGCUAUUCGAUCGACACCGGCUCUUCCAGCAGCAUGCUCGCCUUUGAGCACGCCUACAGGAUGAUCAAGACCGGCGUGGCCGACGGCGUCGUGGUGGGAGGUUGCUCGUUGCUGCUGAACCCCGUGUUGUCGGUGAUGUUGCAAAAGCUCAACGCCAUUGACCCGGAAGGAAAAAGCAGACCGUUCGACGCUAGCGGCCAAGGAUUUGCACGGACCGACGCCAUUGUGACGGUGUACUUGCAACGAGCGAAAAAUGCAAAACGCGUUUACGCCACCGCUCUAAAUGCCUGCGCCAACACGGAGGGUUUCCGUUUGGAAGGUGCUACCUACCAAUCCAACGUCCAACAAAUCGAAUUGUUCAAGGAAGUGCUGGGCAACACCAAACUCAGCCCAGACGACGUGGUGUACGUCGAAAGUAGCGCAUGUGGCGAUCAGUUUGGCGACGCUCAGGAACUCAACGCAGUCACAGAGGUUUACUGUAAGAACCGUUCGAAGCCGCUGUUGAUCGGUUCCGUCAAGUCCAAUAUUGGCGAUGGCGAACCGGCUUCCGGAAUCUGCUCGGUCGUGAAAACCGUGUUAGCCAUGGAGUACCAAGAAAUUCCUCCGACCCUCAACUACAGCUCUCCGAAUCCCCAAGUGCCAGCUCUCAAGGACGGCAGGCUUCAGGUGGUCAGCAAAUCGCUACCGUGGAAAGGCGGUGUUGCCGCAGUGAACUCUGUGGGAAUCGGCGGAGUAAACGCCCACGCCCUAUUAAAAUCCAGUGGCAAAGAAAAGAAACCUCUACCGCAAGAUGCUAUUCCUCGCGUAGUAGUAGCGUCAGCAAGAACCGAGAGUGCGAUUAACUACAUGUUGAACAGAGUUGAAUCCGCCCCAAAGGAUCCCGAGUUCUAUGGUCUCUUGUAUGGAGUUCAAAGCGAAAAUAUUCCUGGACAUAAUUUCAGAGGAUACAGCAUUCUUGGCGAACAAGACAACCGAGAAAUCGCCGUUAUCGGAGCGGGUAAGCGUCAGGUAUGGUACGUAUUUUCGGGUAUGGGAAGUCAAUGGACCGGUAUGGGCCGGGAUCUUUUGGCGUUACCUCCUUUCCAAAAGUCGAUUGAAAAUACCGCAAACACCUUGAAAUCACUCGGAUUGGAUUUGUAUGCCAUUUUCAACUCAAACGACAAAACCGUUUUCGAUAACGUACUGAACUCGUUUGUUGGAAUCGCCGCCAUACAAAUCGCUUUGGUGGAUGUGCUGAGUGCAGUGGGAAUCACGCCCGACGGAAUCGUCGGACACUCUGUUGGUGAAUUGGCCUGUGCGUAUGCUGACGGUACACUGACCGCAGAACAAACCAUAAUCGUGGCAUACUGGAGAGGACGCAGUUUGCUGGACUUGAACUUGCCACCCGGAGCCAUGGCUGCUGUCGGUUUGUCGUGGGAAGAAGCGAACGCCAGGGUUCCCGCAGAUAUCGCAGUCGCCUGUCACAACAGCGAGGACGGUGUCACCAUCUCCGGACCUCCAGACUCUAUAGCUAAAUUCGUGGCCAAACUAAAAUCCGAAGGAGUGUUUGCGCGGGAAGUGAACAGCUCCGGGGUGGCUUUCCAUUCGUGGUACAUAGCUGCUGCCGGGCCAGUGUUCAAGGAAAAAGUCGCGGGAAUCAUAUCCGACCCGAAACCGAGAUCUACCAGAUGGAUAAGUACGUCCAUUCCGGAAUCCAAGUGGAACGAACCGUUGGCGCAGUUUUCAUCCGUAGCUUACCACGUCAACAACUUGGUGUCUCCCGUUUUGUUCAACAGCGCGUUAAAACACGUGCCCGACAACUCGGUUGUAAUCGAAAUCGCACCGCACGCACUUCUCCAGGCUAUUUUGAAGCCCAGCGUUGGCUCGAACUGCACCCACGUGGGUUUGGUGCGAAGAAACCAAUCGUCCGUGUCGAACUUGUUGUCCAGCAUAGGCAGACUCUUCAACGCCGGACUACAACCGAAAUUGGAAAACCUUUACCCCGCAAUAGACUACCCGGUGUCCAGGGGCACUCCGUCUCUCCAACCGCUGGUCGAAUGGGACCACUCCAACGACUGGCACGUGUGCAAUUUCAUCGAAACCGAAACUUCCGCUUCCGGAGAAGUCAUACUGGACAUUGACGUGGAAAAAGAUUCGUACAGUUACUUGAAAGGAACGUUCAUCGAUGGCGUCCAAGUCCUUCCGUACGCAUCGUACCUGACAUUCGUUUGGAACGCUUUAGCCAAGUUACAGCUCAGCUCGAUCGACAAACUCCCGGUGGUGUUUGAAAACGUUCAAUUCUUCAAAGCCACACCCAUUCCGGCAAACGGACAACUCACGUUCAAAAUCAACAUUCUGGAAGGAACCGGCGAGUUCGAAGUCCGGCAAUCCGAUUCAGUUGUCGUUUCCGGUUUCGUUAAGAUACCGACGACCGACGAACAGCUUCAACUCUCCGAAGUGAAAUCCUACGAUGCAGAUCAAUUGUCGUCCGCCGACAUUUACAAAGACCUUUCUUUUAAGGGAUACAAGUACGGCAAAAGUUUCCAAGGAUUAAACACAGCUAGCAACAACGGAAACAGCGGUAGUAUAGCUUUCGACGGAAAAUGGGCUCCGUUCCUAGAAUCGUUGUUCCAGUUGCACCUGUUAAAUCUCGACACGAGAGAUUUCUACGCUAUCAAAUACAUAUACAAACUGACCAUCAACCCGGAAAAACAAUAUCAAGCCGUAACGGCUAAAGGAGCAUCUUUCAGCGUUUACCAAAAUAUCGGUAUCAUAAAAACUGCAGGAAUCGAGAUUAGAGACAUCAGAUCAACAUUGGUGCCAGUGCGCAAAGAAUUGCAACAAGACUUUGAUUUAGAAUCGUAUGCAUUCGUACCGUUUGUAUCCGAAGAGGCAAUCAGUGAACCACUUAAUUUGAUCGUACAAAUCGUACUGGACAAUGCCAAUGGACCGUUAGCCGUCGCCGAAGCAGUGACAGUUCAGCACGAGCUUUUAAUCUUGCAAGUUUUGAACUUAAUUGGAUCUAGAUCUUCAGCGCCGGUCAGCUACAGUGUGUACGCCAAGGACACCAGCAGUUACAAACCCAAUGAGUCAGUAUCGUACGUUGAAAAAGAUGUCACUUCCAGUGCCGUCAAUGAGCCUGCAAACUUUGUACUAGCUUAUGGCGCUAUUGGCAAUCAGAAUGCGUUUAACAACAUAUUGGCUGGCGUUAAGGAUGGCGGUUUCUUACUCACGGUCGAACAUGGUUUUGAUUCAAAAUUCAGACAGAUCGGAUUAGAUGUCGUGGCCCAAUACUCGGAUGGUCACAACACGUUUGUACUAUUGAAAAAGAACUCGGCUUCAUCAAACCCGAUCGUCUUACCAAUUGGAUCUUCAUUUUCUUGGGUAGAAUCUUUGAAAUUGAAUCUGAAAAACCCCUCCAGCAGCAAUAAAGACGUCUUGUUAGUGAGUCAAAAUUUGGACUUUGGUGCGAUCGAGUUGGCAAAGAGUUUAAGACAAGAGCCUAAUGGUCAAUAUGUCAGAUGUGUGUCGAUUAAGGAUAACAAAGCUCCGGCUUUCUCUCUGUCGGCUCCAUUAUAUCAAGAACAAAUAAAGAAAGGAUUGGCCAUUAAUGUGUUCAAAAACGGAACGUGGGGUACAUUAGUGUUCGUUCCCUUUAAACCAACCAAAGUCCAAGUCGAACAUGCAUUCAUCAAUACGUCGAAAGUAGGCGACAUCAGUAGCUUGCAGUAUAUCGAAGGAAAACUGUCUAACUUCAACGCCAAGGAAUAUCCAGACUACAAAUUGUGUUACCCAUACUAUGUUCCACUCAAUGGAUUGGAUGUGAAAUUCGCCAACGGAGGUUUGCCGUACAACGGCCUAGCUGGAGAUAUAGCUCAGCAGGGAAGUUAUCUCGGUAUGGAAUUUUCUGGACGCGAUGCCAGCGGCAAAAGAGUGAUUGGUUUGGUGCCGGGUGGUGCUUUAGCCACAUCGGUGUUGGUACACAAAGACCUCGUUUGGCAAAUACCCGACGAAUGGACCCUGGAAGAGGCUUCCUCGGUGCCGAGAGUUUACAGUCUGGCCUACUAUGCGUUAGUGGUAAGAGGAAAUAUACAGUCUGGCGAAUCAAUGUACGUGCACGCAGGAGCCAGUGGAAUCAGCACCGCUGCCAUAGCCGUCGCUCUGGAAUUAGGAGUCACCCCUUACGUCGGAGUGUUUAACCGGGAACAGAAACAAUUCCUGAAAUCACGAUUCCCCCAAUUGAACGACGACAGCUUUGCCAACUUGGCCGACAACGGAGGAUUCGAACAGCACCUUCUGGAACAGACGCAAGGACGGGGAGUGGAUCUGAUUUUCGACACGUACACGGUUAUCAACAAGCGUCAAGAGUUUGUAAACGCUUUGGCCGAGUACGGCCGGCUAGUCGAGUUUGAGGUGGUCGUACCCGUUUCCGAUUCGCUGGGAGUGUCCGGCAAUUUGAAAAGCAUAUCGUUCAACAAAAUUUCCCUCGGCUCCAUCCAUUUCUCGCCGUCUGAAAUCAAGUACAUACAACGUUUGGUCGACCAGGGCAUCAAGAACAAAAACGUACAGCCUCUGUCCACCACCGUCUUCUCGGUGAACAACGUGGAAGAAGCGUUCAAAUUCACUGUGUGCGGCAGCUACUUAGGACGGGUCGUUGUCCAAAUCAGGGACGAAGAAGAUAAGAAAACUACAGUGCCGACCAAACAGCUAGUCUCGGCGUUACCCAAAUCGUUCUUUUCGCCAGAAAAAUCAUUUAUUAUCAGCGGCGACGACGACAGUCUAAGUUUAGAACUUAUUCAAUACUUGGCGUCCAGGGGGGCCCGCAAGUUCGUUUUGGUGUCCAAAAGCAAAUCGUCAUCCGGUUUCAAAAACUUAGUACUCAGACGUUUGAAGAGCAAGAACGUGACGGUCGCGACAACCGUAGCAGACCCUUCGAUUGUGAAAGGCGCCGAAGAUGUAUUCAGAGAAGCGUUAGCACUAGGGCCGGUCGGUGGAAUUUAUCAAAUCAGCAAUGGCCCGACUAGUGGCUUAUUACAAUCUCUGAACGAAAACGAUUUCGUUUCGGCCAACAACAGCGUGACCGAAGCUACCGCCAAUUUCGACACUCUGAGCAGGAAGUUAUGUCCCCAGUUGGAGUAUUUCGUCGUCUUGGCUCCAAGUAUUGCUUCUCGAGGAGCUAUUUCCAAAUCGAAUUACGUCUAUGCCAAUGCGAACCUCGCCAAAAUCGCCGAAAUCCGAAAGAUUUCCGGAUACCCAGCGGUUGUCGUGGAAUACGGUGCUGUAGAUAGCUGCCCCGAAUCCUUCAACAGUCCAGCAUUCGCCGUUCAACCAGUAACGUCAGCGCUCAGCAUUCUGGACAGCGUUACCAGACAAAGCCAAUAUUCUGUAGUGUCAUCGACAAAAUUCAGCGGCCAAAACGACGAAGCUUCAGACGCCGCAUCUCCCGUUCUUCUAGCAAUCGCUAAGCUUUUCGGAUACAACGCCGUUUCUGACGUAGAGCAAACAUUUACACUCGCUCAACUUGGGUUCGACACCCUUUUGGGACCACGAAUUCAAGAAACAAUUCAACAACAGACCAACUUGUUUAUCAACAUUGAAGAGUUAAGACUUUUGUCAUUCCCGGUUCUUCGAGCUAAAAUUAAUGCUUACCUAGCUUAAAAAAUACAUAUUGUGUUAGUACGAUAGUUUAUUUAAUCGAAUGUUAUAAAAUACCGUCAUGUGUUUUUAGAAAUUCAAGUAAAUUGUUUAAAACUAAAAAUGUAUUAUAUAUAUAAUAUAUUUAUAUAUAUUUCUGACGUUAGGAGCAAAUAAAAUUUAGUAUAUAAAUAAUUAAUUGUCAUGAUUAUUUUCCGAAGUAAAGUGUUGUUAAAUAAAGUAUACACGUUCAGAAUGUA